AUGUCUCCAAAGAACAACGAGCCCACCUUCAACAUUCUGCCUCACCCAGCUAAGACGAAUGAUCCAAGGGACCUGGAAGGUCCGCAGUUGGGUGGUGGAUUGAACAGCAAUCCCGAGUUCCAGGCGUUCCAUGCUCACGAACCAUACGUUCCCAGCAAAGAUCUGCUGGAGGGUGUUGGGCAGCCUUUGAGUCGAGAGGAGUUAAACGCUAGGGCUACGGAGUUGAACAAGCAAGAUUGA